UGCCGGGCGGUGCGGCGGCUCCCGGGGGAGGAGGCCGGGCUGCGGGGGGCUCGGCGGCGGCUCCUCAGCCCCGCGCAGGGGCCGGGAGCUGCCUCGGCCCCGGUGCGAGCGGAAGGAAGCCCCGGCGCGGGGCCGAGCGAGGGAAGGGUCCGGGGUGGAAAUUUACCGGGGCGGCCCGCGGUAAAGAGAGCGGGCGGGAGGCGGAGGGAGGGGAGCAUCGCCUCGCCUCGCCUCGCCUGGCGGGCAGAGCGGGGGACCAAAUGCCCGUGAGGAGGGGCGGCAGCAGCCACCGCCGGGAGAGGAGGCAGCCGCGGCGCAGCCCCCGGGAGGAGCCCGGCCGGGAUGCCAUGGCCGCGGGCAGCGGGCGCCGGCCGGCCCGCCGGGCGUAGGGCGGCGGGGCUGGGCGGCCCCCGCACGGCGAGGGCCUGAUGCAGGAGCGCAGCCCGGCGCCGCGGCGGCGCUGCGGGAGGAGGAGGAGGAGGAUGGCGGGGCUGGCGUGGAAGUGGCCGCGCACCCGCCUGCCCGUGGGGGCCAGCGCCCUGGGCGUCUUCGUCCUCUGCUGGCUCUACGUCUUCCCCGUCUACCGGCUGCCCGACGAGAAGGAGAUCGUGCAGGGGGUGCUGCUGCAGCAGGGCAAGGCGUGGAGGAGGAACCACACUGCAGUCGCCGGCUUCAGGAAAUUGCUGGAAGACUGCUGUGACCCUGGGCAGCUGUUUGUGAUGACAAAGCUGAACUCCCCCAUGGGAAAGAACCUCUGGUUUGAUGGGGAAUUUUUGUAUUCUUUCACCAUUGACAAUACAACUUACUCUCUCUUCCCACAGGCUACACCCUUCCAGCUGCCACUGAAGAAAUGCUCUGUGGUGGGAAACGGUGGGAUUCUCAAAAAGAGCGGCUGCGGCAAACAAAUAGAUCAAGCAGAUUUUGUCAUGCGGUGCAACCUUCCUCCACUAUCCAGUGAAUACAGCAAGGAUGUUGGAACAAAAACCCAGCUGGUGACUGCAAAUCCCAGUAUAAUUCAGAAAAGGUUCCAGAAUCUGCUUUGGUCUCGAAAAGCAUUUGUGGACAGCGUGAAGGUGUAUAAUCACAGCUACAUCUACAUGCCAGCCUUCUCGAUGAAGACAGGGACAGGACCCUCCCUACGUGUCUACUACACCCUGGAGGACUUCGGUGCCAAGCAGGCAGUGCUUUUUGCCAACCCCAAUUUCCUGCGUGACAUUGGCAAGUUCUGGAAGAGCAAAGGUAUCCAUGCCAAACGUCUUUCCACAGGACUUUUCCUAGUCAGUGCUGCCCUUGGUCUGUGUGAAGAAGUAACAAUUUAUGGCUUCUGGCCAUUCUCAGUGGACCUGCACGGGAAGUUUAUUAGCCAUCAUUACUAUGACAAUGUCUUGCCUGAUUCUGGAUUUCAUGCCAUGCCGGAAGAAUUUCUACAGCUCUGGUUCCUUCAUAAAAGUGGUGUACUGAGAAUGCAGCUAGAACAAUGUGAGGACCCUUUAGUCACGUCUUCUGCCUAAGGAUUGUAGCAGUCAGUUUGGAAGAUCAAAUAGUUUUUAAUUUCCAUGCUCUCCAACGGAGAGUUCUGUUUUUCUGUUGAUUCUUUUUAAAGGGAAAGUAAUCACGGAUCUGCAUGGACCGUACAAAUGCUACUUGAAGGCCAAAUGGAGUACGUCCUUAAUGUAUAGCGUUUUAUGGAACUGGAGUGGGGGGAAACAAAUCUCUCCAUCAAGUCCAUUCAGCAGUAUUGUGAAAAUAAUGUCAUAAGCGACACAGCUGAACUUUCUGGGUGAUAUUUUUAAAUGACCAGUGCAAAAAGGGCAUUAAGGCUCAGAGAGAAACAGGGCCACCCACAAGCUUUUGCUGACAGUGCCAAAUAUGACUGUCUGUACAAAAAUCCAUUUCAUUCCAGAUUGGCUCCUCAUAAAACCUCCCUUUUUUCUCUUUAUUUUCCUCUGUGUGUGUGGAGAGGGGUGGGGGGCAGGGGUGGCUAUAGAGGAAAGUGUGUGUGUUGUCAAAAUUCUUUGUUUCUUUCUUUUUCCAUUUUUCUGUUUUCCAAUGGAAGAAAGGGGAAAGGUGUGAAAGCCAGAGGAGCUGAGUACCAUCAACUGCUCCAAAAACUUGGGAGAGUGAAGGGUGUCAAGAAUCUGGUAGAAGAAUGUCCUGGGAAUGCCCUGCUACUGAGAAUGGAUGUAUCUCCCUGUUGUAGGCUUUAUCAGGAUAGUUUAGGUCAUUGCACUUAUAACUAUGCUAAUGCUAUGCUAUGGGCAAGAGCUGGCUAAGGGAAAUUGGUUUGAAAAUAAAACUUGUGUUACAAAAGCAGAAGUGAAGUGCAACAAGAUUUCAGUUGACCUGCUGCAAGAUUUCCACAGUGACUUUUGUAGCAGGGAUUGUUCCUGGCCUGUUUUGCUGUCCAGCCUUUGUGAUUAAUUCUGUGUUCAUUUGGACUUCAGAUGUUCACUGACUAUCAAGGGGAUUUGAGGUCUUUAGUGGAAUGCAGAAUGAGGUUCUCCAUGUGCUUGAAGCAGAAAAACUGCAGAAAUGAAUGUGUCAUUUAAAAUGAGCUGAAACUUUGAAAAUCCUUUCUCUUUGUGCAACUAGCUCUUCUGUUUGGAUUGUAACAUUAGCCUUAAAGACUUGUACUUUUCUUGCAAGAUUGUCUCUUGUUAAAGAGAGUCUGAAAAAUAAAACAUCUUUUGGGAGCACUGAAAAAAUACAUAGCCAGCAAGAAAAAACAAACAAACAAACAAACAAACAAAAAAAUAUGCAAGGAAAAGGCAGGCACUUACGUAAUGCUGCCUUUCUCCUUGCAAUCAGUAAGUUACAUAAGUGUGCACAUUGCACUCCGGCUGCUCCGGUCAGUACAGUGCCUAAAGGACUGUUUUAUUUUUGGGUAUUACUUGGACAGCAGAUGAUCCUAUUGCCAUAUAAAUGAGAAAUCUUUUGGUUUGUUUGCUUUGGUUUAGCACUGUAGGACAAGAAGAGAAAACCAGCUCAGUCCACAGUGCGAUUUCAGCUGCAAGAUGUUAUCACCAUUAACUUUAAAAUCCAAACUAAUGUUCUCUUUCUUCUAUCAUUACUAGCUGAAAUUCUAGUCAAAGUGUUGAAACAACAAAACGGUCAUCAGGUUUCCACAACAAUUUCCUCUGCUACCUGUUUUAGCUCCAAAAUGCUAGCGUUCUGGGGGAUGUGUCCUAUCAUGUGUUAACACCUCUCUCUUUGUAGACUACCAGCUGCAAGUUAUAUGGAUAUAAUUAAAAAACAAAACAAAAAAAAAAAGAAAAAAAAAACUUGGCUCUUCUUUAAAUAUGAAUAAUUUGACUAUUUAUGUAGGACACUGAAACAAACAAAAAAAUUACUAUUUUGCUUUUUAAAUGUGUUUCAGAAUAAAAUCUUUCUAAAUGUGAAUAUUCCAAGCAUAAAGUGGGCAUUGUUCCACAGAAUUACAGUGCAGUUCUAAACUGCGAAGUGGAGAUUUGGAUUAAAUGCUGCUUUAGAGAUUGUUCUGAUAAAAUCUGAAUGUGCUUCUAUAACCCAUUUUAUUACAGUCCACUUUUGCUUAUGCUUUUUUAAAAGUACAAUUAACAGACCAAUAUCACAUCACUUGAUAAUUCAUUCACUUGGGUUAUGUUUGUCUUGUCUAUAAUGUGGAUACUCAGCAAGGAAGGAUUUGAAAGCAAAAUAUUUUCUUUACUGGCAAAUUUUUACAGAGCUGCCUUUCUUGAAGAACAGGUGCCUAUAUGGUUUUUAUUAGAUGUAUCAAGCUUUGCACUUCCUGGUGCUUUAAAGAUGUUAUCUGUGAAAACAACUGUCAAAACAUGUUUUAAGAUGGCACUUAAGAAGGAUGGCAAUGUUUCCUUGGGUUUGCAGGGGAAUGAGGAAAGUAGUGAGAACUGCCUCUCCGCCAGUCACCAUUUGGCAUUUGUACCAGUGCUUGGGAAUUCAGUUUUGAACCCCUCUGAUGGUUAUCCAGCACUUUGGAAAUCUUUUUUCCCUUUUUCUGGGAAAAUAAUCUGAGUAGUAGAAGAAGAGAAAGUGAGGGUUUUCACAGGAAUGACUUCAUACUCAGUGCAGUAUUUCAUAACAUGUCUUGUUUAUGUGCAACCAGUACCUUGGGUAUCUGGGGCUGUUUCAUUCCCUGUCUCUGUAAGACUGAAGCAGACUGAACCUGUAGCCUGUGGUCUUUGUGAGUCUCUUUUGAUGUCUGCAAUACUGAGGUUUGCAAGAUGAUAGGUUUAAAAAAAUCAUGGGGACAGAAGAGACCCAAGCGAUGUGUGGUAAGUGUGGCUGGUGUUGAAGAAAUCAAUAAUUCUAGCUGUAUUUGCAUUUAACUAUAGUGAAUAUAACUGCAUCUUCAGAUGACAACCUUAUUUAUCAGGGAAGUAAAGGCUUCAAGGAUAAAUAAUUUUCUGUAACUUUCAGAAGACUGUCAACUUAGGAAAGAAGAGAAUCAAAAAUAAAUGUCCCUUUUGAGAGCAAGUCUACAGUGUGAACUCAAAAAAUACCAGCUUGGUUGAUUUGUCAAUCCAUGCAGACACUGGCCAGCAAGUAGACUUUUAACCUACAAGUAAAAAUGGGAUACAGGAGGGUACUGUAAGUAUUUUGUGGCGAGAGCAGUCACAGAGAAAAUGAAAAAGCAUCUGGGAAUGUGAAAGUGGCAGCUGCCUGACAAAAAUCUCGGAGUUAAUGCAGUGCACCCUGUCUGUUGCUUAGGGUGAGACUUACCUGGUUUAGGUCUAGGGGAAGUGGGUCACGUGUAUAGGAUAUGAAAUGUAGAAUUACAUGUAAGGGAUAGAAAAAGUAUCCCAUUUUGGGAGGAAGGCUACACCACAGAAUAAGACUGCUGUUCAAGCACAGGUGCAGUCAGACCCAGGAGGCUAAUAUAGGCAUUAACCAAGAGAAAUCAGCAUCUCACAAUUAUAGCAAACUUUAGACAGAGUAAUUACAUAAUUCUGGAAUUUUCCUAUUGGUUGAUUUCAUCCCACUGAUAAUAGUGCCCUUAAGUCUUGUGUUGCUAUAUUUUCAUAGAAUCAUAGAAUGGCUUGGGUAGGAAAGGACCUUAAAGAUCAUCUAACUCCAUUGCCCCUGCCAUAGACAGGGAGGGAUUCCACCCACUAGAUCAGGUUGGCCAAGGCCCCAUCCAGCCUUGCCUUCAAGUGAAUUUUCCUUUAAGUGAAUUGAAAUCUUGAUUUUAUUGGUGAAAUUCCCUGCUUUAUCGCCUUUAUUUCUACUGCUAGCCGCUGAGUUUCUCUGGAAACUUGUGCAGCUAGAGCUGCACAAGUCUGUGCCAGGUUAAAAGCUACUGCAGUUCAUCUUCGAUAAAAACUAGUUUGGGCUUGCCAAACAAUUUGCUAAGGUUCUUAGUUAUUAAUUUUAUCAUAGAGGUGCCAAGAUACAGAAAUAUUGGAAUCAUUGCUCUGCAUAGGAAGUACUGCCAAUUAUUUGUAAGAUGAGUGAAUUAAAACCCUUUACAAGAACUGUGCAUGGGGGAUAUUUGGCACUGAAAUCACUCUAGGCACAAUCUUUUUGGGUACUUGUGUGUUUUUGAGUAAAAUAAGGCCAAUGUAUAAACUUGUUCUAAAGCUAUGCAAAACUCCUCCUUUCUGUUUAUUAUGAAUAUUUUGAAGCUCACUCUAAAACAGAUAAUCCAGCAGACUAAAAUCGUAAAAAAUGAUUAUAUGUGCUCAUGAGAAUAAAUUUUUUUAUAAAUUUCACACAGACCUUUCUAAAAUUUAAAAAACUCUUCUUUGUGAAUGCUGUAUUUCUGUAUUUUUGCUGAUAUGAAAAUUAUCAAGUUUGGGGUGAAACAACUACAGAAGCCAAAGGUCCAAGCCUUUGUUACAGCUUAACUUCUCUAGAAUAUAGCUUUUUUUUUUUUUUUUUUGACUCAAACACUUUCACCAUUUGUUUCACCUGUGACAUCGGAGUGGUGUCAUAGAAUCAUAAAAUCAUUCAGGCUGGAAAAGACCUCUUAAGAUACCUAGCCCAGCCUUUAACCAAGUACUAAAGCCCACCACUAAACCACUCUACUAAGUUCUGUAUCUACACGUUUCUUGAAGACCUCCAGGGAUGGUAACUCAACCACUUCCUUGGGCCGCCUGUUGCAGUGCCAUACAACCCUUUGAGAAAAAGAAAUUUAUCUUAAUAUCUGACCUAAACCUCCCCUAGUGCAACUAGAGGCCAUUUCCCCUCAUCUGUUGUAAUAUUCAGUGCUGAGUUUGCAUCUUUGUGGAAACUGAAGCUAAGCAAAGAAUAUGCUAUUUUAAACUGAAUCUCUGUACUGUGGUAGUUGCAUAAAAUCCUCCAUACAUAUUCAUGGAACUGGCUUAAUAUCUGGCUCACUCUAUCCCCUAAUUAACAAUGAGAAUAGGCAUGAGGAAACUUUUGAUCUAGAAAAGAGGACAGUGAAGGAGGUGAAUGCUAUCUCAUCAUCUGCUGCCUGCUUUGGUUUUCUUCUUUAGCCUGAUAGAUUAGUAAGUAUUGGAACAAGUCCAGGUUAUACAAAGGAUAAGCAGUUCCUGAAGAGCUGGAUGAGGAUGGAAAAAAUGAAGAUCACAUCAUUGGUGUAACAAAUUGGACUGUAGCAAUUUUUGAUAAAGAUCCCCAGUUCUAAGCAACUUUAGAACAUUUUGUUUUGUUAAUGACUUUGAAAAAUGGACUGCCUAUGACCUACCUAAGGUUUUCUGCAGGAAGGCAGCAAAGCAAAAUGCGAUGGCAACUAUUGCUAUGAGAUAGGGAAAAUUAUUAAACAGAAAAGGAAAUACAAUGGAAGUAUGAUGGCAAAGAAUCCAUCUCUCCUUCCAUUUCCCUUGAAACAAAAGUAUAAUGGACUAUUAUCCUGAGUCACCAUUUCCUUCUUGAAAGGAUACGGUGAGAUUUCUGUUAGAUGAUGUUUCUUACUAAAAAAACAACAUCAAACCUUGUUCUGAAAUGCCUGGUCCCCUGCUCUGUGGCUAUUUAGGGGAUGUUCUGGUGGCUGUGGCUGCACUGGUGUGCUGUGACCUCUGUAAUGGGAUCUGCAUCGAAUAUCAUGUGUUCCCUUCAGACCUCCAUCUGGGAUCAUCUUGGCUUGUAUUUAUGCCCCAGGUCAUCCUAAAGGACCUCUUUGCCAUCUCCUUUCUACUGACCAUCCUCAUUGGGCUUAGAAGUGUGAUUAAAAAAAUCAGCCAUGAAGUUAGCUAAUAUACUUCAUCAUUUUGAACCAUGUGUUCUUCAAAAGCAAUUGGUAUAUCCAAUAAGAGUUAGCUGCAAGUUGAAAAUAUGACUUCUACUAGGUAAUGAUAAUUCUAUCACUGGAGAACGAAAAGAGGAUUGAAGAAGGCUGUGUUUUUCUUACCAAUUGUAGAAUAACUUCUGCUCCUUGAAUUCCCAGAAUUUGUCAUUUGGAAUUUAUUGUAUGUUUGACUGUUUAGUAGUUUUUGAACAGAACAAUUAGACCUAGUGGCCUGUUUGUUAAAUACCAGCAAACUCAUUUUUCUAAAGGAAAUAUAAAUACCCAAUAGGAGGCAUAACCUAUUCUUCCUAGCUGAUAUUUCCUUGGCAGCAACGAGAAGUUAAACAGUUACUUAUUCCUCCCUGAUUAUUCAUUUCCUUCAUUUUUUAUUACAGCAGGUUGAGCCCUAGUGUAUUCAGCCUCUUUAGCUUAAUGUAUAGACUUAAAAAUGAAUCUCGCUCUGUCUUUUCAGCUGUGAAAAGAGGUUCAAAAAAAAAAAAAGUGUUAUUAAUUGAAAAUGGUUGUGUGGGUUCUCUGCAGUCAGGAGAGAGAUGGGCACCUCCAGGUGGUGAUUCGUGCUUUUCCUGAACAUGGGCUAUAUUUAUUGAGGUCUCCAUAGGAUUGUGAAAACGCCCCAGCUGUGUUUGUAAGGCUAAGUGGUGAAAGGCAAGACAUAAGGAUUUUUUUUUAUUUUUUUUUUUGCCAGUGCCACACAGUUUGCUUAUAAGCAUAUAUUGCUGUGGCUUUGUUGGGCAUCUGAGACCCGUUCCCCACAGCCUGCAUAGAUGAGACCAGCCUGGCCUGAGGAGUUCAGCUGAGCGUUGAGUUCAGCACUGGCAGUGUUCAGCAAGUAGUCCUCACCUGUGUGUCAGCAGGCAUGGUCAGGACAGCAUGGACUGCUGCUUGCGGCUGGCGCUGGGCAGUCACUGGAGCGACUCCAUUUGGUUCUGCUGUGGGUGCGAUUCAGCAAGUGCCAUUGCAGAGCAGGUCCUAGAGGACUGCAAGGUUAGCAUUCUCCUUCUUCACAGCCAGAAGUGCUGGGCUUGCUGGAAAGGAUCUAUCUGGAAACCAGCCUGCUUCUCACCCUGGAACACUUUUGAUCCAUGGCAAGUCUCAAAAGUUCCUUAACAUAAUCCCCAGGUACUCCCUGCUGCUGUUGAGUCGGUCAGCAUUUUGUUGAGAUGAAUAUUUAUCCUAUUUUGGUUCCUCUAAGGAAAAUUAAACAGUAGCACACAAACCACCUAGAAUUUGCUGUGUUGUUUGGUGUCUUCACCUUUCAAGUUUCUUUCAGACUAGAUAAAACUAUUGUGAGUGAAUCCAAAGCAGCUUAAGAAAGCAUCACCACAAAUAAUUGUUCUCUGGGUUUAUGAAUAAGCCUCUGUUCAAUAAAACAUGAAAGUACCUUUUGAAUAGUUCAUGGUGAUUUCUAAUUGUACAUUCAAUGAAUUGUUUUGGUCAGAUGGGGCCCAUAGCAAAGAUGAGUUGCCUCAUUUUCUGCUUUCUGGAAGGGGCAAUUAUGGAGGCAUAAUGUGUUUUAGACUAAAUUCUUAACAAGAAGCUAGGAAAUCUACAUAUUCCAUGAGAAGCUUUGUUUUUGUUUGAUUACCUAUGUAGUAAAGGAAACAUUUUCACUAAAAGCAGAUGCACAGAGGAAUGGGCAUUUUGAUUGUAAAAACGUCAUCUGGAGGACUGAGACCCAGGUUUGAGUCUUGGAGAUCUCAAGACCAGGAUCUCACCAUGCUGCAAGAGUGCUAUAAGCCCAUCUUCUUUGUCUUCUCUGCAUACGUAUAUAUUUAUAUAUAUAUUUGUAGAAAAUGCUUGAAUGCUUUAUUCCUACUUAUUCCUAUUUAUCCCUACAUUGAAAAUAAAUGCUCCUUUUUUUUUUUUUUUUUUUUUUUUUUUUUUUUCAAGAGUGCAUGUUUUCCUUUUAAAUAUUCAUAGCAUUUAGUGUGCUCAGCAAAUCUGACAGAAGAUGUCUACUUUAUAGGAGAAAGCUGUUUUGGAGUAGUCUGGCAGGACUCCUGCAAACAUGCAUGUUGAGUGCUGCCUCUUGAGUUGCAGAGUUUCAGCAGGCGGUAUGGAGUGUAUGGCACUGGCAGGAAAGAAAAGAUGUUAGUUGCAGCUCUGCCUGCUCAGCGUCUCCUCUAUCCUGAGUGGCUUUUGUUGGUUAUGUGAGGGCUCCUCAAGUAUGGACUUCAAUCCUGAAGAUCACAUGUUGAUCAGCUUUAAAGGACUGGGCUUUGAAUGUGCUGGAAACUGAAAUGAACAUUGAAGUGACUUAAAAUGAGUCUUCUGUGGUCAUACUGUUGCACUAUCAGUGUAUUAAAGCCGCUUUAUCUGAGUAUGAGACUUACAUAUGUGAAGGGGACAAUGAAAGGUGAACAUCUGAUGAUGCAUAGGGCAAGGACUUCCAAAAAACACUGUUUUUAUUUAUAUGAAUAAUGAAAUCUCCAUUGAGCCAAUAUUGAAUUAGGUCAGCAUUCAGUGCUCUUGAAAUUACUAACCCAUAAGCAUUUUCAAAAAUUCUACCCUGUGCAAGCAGAAAUAGGAGACUUUUGCUUUGUUCAUGCUCUUCACCUUGCAUUAAAAACAGACUGAAGCAUCAAUCAAAACUCUUAUUUAUCCUUUUUAGAGGUGUUUGUAAACUAUCCAAAUAAUAUAUAGGCACACAGUUAUACAAAUAUAAAACAGAUAAUAGACUGCAGUUUAUAACUCAAACUCUGCUGUGUAUAUUUAAGAAUUACUUUUAAAUAAUUUAUUGAAAAAAAAAUCACCCAUUUGUAUAUGAAAAAGCCCCACUACCCCCCCCCCCAGCCCUUAAUUUUUUUUUUUUUUGCUAUAACACAUUAGUAACUGACCAAGUGGUUUUCAAGCUAUUCAGCACUUCCAGCUUUGCUACUCAAGUCAAGAAAAAAAAAGAGAAAACAACUCAGGAGAGUGGUUCAGGUCUUCUGAAGUCUGUUUAUGUACUGCCAUUUAGUAGUGGUGUCUAAAGAACUAGAUGAAGAUCAAAACCGAGAUAAAAAAAGAAAGAAAGCAGUCUCUGUGGUGAAGAGGAGAUACAAGCUUAUAUGUCAAUAUCUUUGAUGAACUGAGACUUAAAGUUAUUAAUAGAUAUUAUGACUUUAUUCUCUCACUUUUCAUUUUCUCAGUUCUUGUGGUACUGGGGAGGAAACCUGCUAAGUCCACAAGUUGUUUCAAAUUUCCUCUGCUCUGUUUAUUGACUGCAGUGAACUUUCCUCUAGGCACUAAAUCUAAAAACACAACACAGAAACAGAACAUUUUAGGUUUAUUAAUGUUGAGUGUGACUAAGCUUGUAUGCAGCAUUUCAUGUCUUUCUAGUAUUAAUUACUGUAUUAACUAGAAAGUAAAACAGAGUCUUUCUUAUUUCUGGUGGCACUUCUCUGAGUGUUUGAUAUCUUUCUUCCUGCUGUGGUUGCUCUCUCAGGUGAAUGGGGAUUACAUUUAGCUCACUAAGAGAUGUUCUAAGAGUUAGUUAACUUACAUUCUGAAAGUAAUGUGAAACAACACAAAACAAAACACCAAAAAUAUAUUUUACAAAAUACUAAGAUUUAUCUUUUUUGAAUGCUAAAACAAGCAAGCAAACAGCGAUUUUUCUUUGACUGAAUUUAUGCUUCCAGGUUAAAAUCCACCCUCAUGGUUAGUAGGUGCAAGAAGGACAUUACCUUCAGAUAAUGCAUAGCUUGUAAGAAAGUGAAAAACUCAUGAAUUUUAAUGAGAAAAACAGGUUUUCUUCUCUCUGCCCAGACCCUAAUUUAUAAGCCAAAUUCUCCACUCUCUUCUACCACUCCAACUCCAAUCAAAUCAAUAGAAUUGCAUAGAUUUUAAUCAUCUGUCUGUUCUCAAACCUGAGGGAAUUAAUCCUAUAAAAAUUUUAAAUAAAGCUGUUUUAAAGUGGUGCCAGGUUAUGCUGCUUAGUUAAAGGUACCUAUUCUGUAAGCUACUGUUUUUUGCUUUUUUUUCCUCCCCCCUACAAAUGCAGACCAUGAGUGUUUUCUGCUAUUCUUGGUUGUUGUUGUAAGGCAAAUAUCUUACUGCAUUUCAAACAUCUGCUGCACUAAGGUAUCACAGUCUGAAAUCAAAUUAUAACCUUAGUCAUGUCCUAUAUGAGAAACCAUUUCUGUAAGUUGCAUAGAAGUGAUGCGUGUGUUGCUCAGUCUGCCAAGUAUAUUGUGUGAGCUGGAUGAAAAUGAAAAAAGGGUUUUGCUUCAGUGUGAAACCUCACCAUUGAGUAACUGUAUCUGAGAAUUAGAUAUCCUCUGGUAAUUUAGUCUGUGGUGGAUCUGAAGGCUACUGGUAUUUCCACUCAUUGUCAAAUAAUUUUUUUUAGACUUUGAUAAUGCAAUGAUAUGAUCUUUUUCCUUCUGCUAUUCCAAUACAGUUUUUAUUUUCUGAUAAGUUUUGCAGGGAAGAAAUUGUCUUUCUUAUUUAUUUAUUUCAGUCUGCCUGUAAGUGUCCAGGUUUCAGCUUAAAUUGCCUGCAGUCAGAUCUUGAAUUUUUGCAUUAAUCUUUGUACACCCAUAGUCAAAUCUGGCAUCAGUAAAAUGCAAACUCAUUUCCAAAUUUCAACCUCAAUACAAAAGGAUUCUUUAAUAAACCUUCAUAAUAUUGGCCUGUCACUACUGAGAUGUGAAAAUGUUUUUUAUUUUCAUUGUAUGUCUCACAACAGUUACUAGAUUAGAAAAGGACGUAAACAACUGAAAUCAGCAUGUCUACUUGUCUUUGUGUUUUUGGUACAUGUAUUCAUUGACAUUCUUGUUUGUUUUUUGUUUGUUCAACUCUGACUGUCUUGCAGAUUCUCAUGAGAAAUGUAUAUCAAACAUACAAUGUAAUUUCCUAUCUCUAAAUAAGAAGAAUGCACAUCUAUCA